GGAGAUCCUGACUCACUCUUCAUCUUCGUUCGUUAUUCAAAUGUGUUUAUGUAACAAAACUCAUAAGGAUAAAAGAUUGAUGUUACAAUAAGAAUAAAAAAUGGUUUCGCCACCUAAUAAAUUAAAGAUUGAGGAAAAUGGAUCUCGUUGUGCUCAUUUUGUACAUUGCAAAUUGAUGCUUUUUGCACAAACUUGCUCUUCAUUUCUUGCUUGAAAAAUGGCUUCACCGCCUAAAAAACUGAAGUUUGAGGCAAACGGAUCUCGUUUAAGUAAACUUUUGAUAAAUAAAGGAACACAAGCCUUAAAAACAAAAUUGCAAAUCAUUAUAAAUCUUCAAUCAUCAAACUUAAAAGAUAAACUUAAUGAUCCUUCUACAAAGAGUAAAUUGACAUCACUAAAAUUCAAAGUCAUCAACAAAGAGCAAUGGAAUCUUCUUUACCCGUCGACUGGCUCACCUGACAUUAAAAACUUUGAUAUUUCAUUAUUGACUGUCUUGUUGCGUAACAUAUGUGGUCUAACAGCUCCACAUGGUGGAUGGAAUAAUCUCCCUUCCUCUUCAGAGUCUUCAAUCUCAGCAAACAUUGCAAGAAUAAAGUUUUAUCGAAACAAAGUGUACGGUCACAUAACUACAACUAGUAUAGAUGACAGUGAGUUUGAGUACUUGUGGCAGGAAAUUUCAAAAGCAUUGGUUGGUCUGGGUAUUCAACAAACUGAAAUAGAUGAAUUGAAGGAAGCUCGUCUCAGUCCUGAUGAAGCAAAUUAUAUUGAAUUGUUAAAAAACUGGUGUGCAGUUGCUAACAAAACAAAAGAAGGUGUGGAAGAUAUAAAAAAUGACGUUAAGGAAAUUAAAGAAAUUGUGUCAACAAAAGCUGAUGUAGCUGAAAUUACACAAGUGAUGGCAACAAAAGCUGAUGUAGUAGAAAUUAAACAAGAUAUGGCAACAAAAGCUGAUGUAGCUGGAGUAAAAGACAUGUUGCAAGUCAAAACAUGUUCAGAUCUCAAGAAACUUGGAAAGUGCAAUUUCAAAGGUGUUAUAAAAGAUCUCAACAAGAAAUACCUUGAAGGCACUAGACAAUGGUUAUUUGAAGAACUCGACAUUUGGUUUGAAGAUGAAAGUGAAGAUGCUUCUAAUGUCAUGAUUUUGAUUGCUGGUCCAGGCGUUGGUAAAAGUGUGUUUGCUGCUGAGUUGUGUCGACGAUAUUCCGAAAAGAAGAAACUUGCUGCUUGUCAUUUCUGCAGAUAUAAUAGAUCAGAUUAUAGAAAUCCUCGAAUAUUGAUAGAAUCACUGGCCAGCAGCAUGUGUGAUACAAUAUCAGAGUUUAAAUCUAAACUGAAUGAAGAAUUACAGAGAAACCAUUCCAAAGAAUCGAUCACCGCUGCAUUCCGUGUUUUAUUAAAUGAUCCAUUGCAUUUAUUGGAAGAUCAUGAACCAAUGCUUUUGGUUAUUGAUGCGUUAGAUGAAAGUCAAGUUAAGGGCAAAAGUGAAUUAUUGGAAUUGAUUUCUGAUGAAUUUUGCCGACUGCCUAAAUGGAUUAAAAUCUUCAUCACCAGUCGUCCAGAACUUCCUGUUAAAAAGGAAUUGAAAGACAUGAAUCCUGUAGAAAUAGAAACUCGACCUCAUGAUAGAAAGAACAAAUCCGAUCUGUGCAAGUAUUUAGCACAUGAGUUGAAGAGUAAUUUCUUCGUUGCUGACUGGCGGCACAAAAACAGUUAUGACAGUGAUGACAGUGAUGACAGUGAUGACAGUGAUGACAGUGAUGAGUAUGAAAAAUGCGCGGGUUCGUUUCUGUACGCUUACCACGCACAAGAGAGUUUAAAAAAAGAAAAAACUGAGCUAACUGUCAAGAAUAUUAAACAAUUGGUUCCUAAUGGGUUGAGUAAAUUUUACACAGAACAAUUCAAGAGAUUAAAAAAAUUAUUGAAAAAAAUAAUUUUAUCAACACACAAAACCGUUACUUCCGACUUUACAGAAAACUUUACGGAAUGUCUUGAAGUGUUAGUGACUUAUCAAAGUAUUUUGCCUUUGUCUUUUCUUCUUCAUUGUUUGGGUUUUUCUGAUGACAUGAAGUUUAAAGAUCGUUUUAAAAUACAUGGAGUGCUAUCUCAAUUUUUUCCAAUUUACGAUGAUUAUUUGACCGUUUAUCACAAGUCUCUCGUUGAUUGGUUGAAAUCAGAUGGUUAUGAAGAGCAUGAGUUUACAGUUGAUCCAAAAAAUGGUCAUAAGUUCUUAUGGCAUGCUUGUGAGAAAGUGUUUAAACACAUCAGGUCGAUGAACAUUUUUAAAGGUCAGAUGAGCACUGCUAUGAUUCACUAUGCUUUGAAGAAUGGAAUCUAUCAUAUGUUAAAAUGUCGCAAAAAUGUUGACUUUAGCUGGGCAGUAGAUGUCAAAGUGGUUUGUGCGAGGUUAAUGGUUGUGGAAGACAUUGAAGUGGAUACCUUUGAGUCUGAAUUGUUUGAAAUCAUUAAGGAACGACGUCCUUUUUUAAAAAAAGAUGUACUUGAGGAACUACUAUUUCAUUUAUUUAUGAUAAGGAAGGUGUUAUAUAAGUAUGAUGAAAGCUUACUUUAUUUACAAAUUAUUGCAAACAGAAUUCAUGGCAGUAACGAAAAAAGAUUAUUGGCAAGGGAUUUAUUGAAACAAGGAAAGCUUACUUGGGUUGAGAAUUUAAACUCAACAUAUCUAACAAACCAUCAUCAUUUGACUGUCUCCUUGCGUGCUAACGUUACAUGUCUUUGUGUGUCGUCCAAUGAUGAACUUCUUGCUGUAGGAUAUGAAAAUGGUCAAAUAUCUAUUUUUGAACUUCCUGAUUUUAAGCAACGAUGGACUCUAGGCACUGCACUCGAUGAUUCAAGGUUGGAUAAGUGGGAUGAUGUAGACACAUUUAUUUUCCUGUAUGACAUCUAUGACUAUGCAACAUCAAAGAAAUUUGGUUUUGUACGUGGGAACAUAUGUUGUUGCUCCUUUUCACCUAACGGAAGUAGACUGGUAACUAGUGAUGGAUCUACUGAAGUAAAGUUGUGGGAUGUUAACAAUGGACGUUUGUUAUUAUGUUUACAGUCAGAUGAUGUCGUUAAUCGUUGCUCUUUCUUAUAUUCUGGUUUGUUUAUUACAGCAAAAUAUGUAAAACAUUACAAUGGAUUUCCUAAAGAUGGUUUUUAUAAAAGAGUGUUCAUUGCAUGGAAUUCAUUAACUUUGCAAAGAAUCGAUCGACGCUGCGUUGUUGAUUACCAAAAACUACAAUACACCGAUAAAUAUUCAGAGUUCUUUGUUGCAAAGUUCUUCUGGACUUCGUUUUUUUUUGAAUUUCCAAAGGCAAUCGAUAUUUUUUCAAGUGGAAAGUAUGAUUCACGACGUUUACAUUCAAUGAUAAUACACAAUUAUCGUGAUUGUAUUUUUUAUCAUACAAAGCAGAAUGGAAAGCUUUCUGAAGUCAGUCAGUUGAAAAAAUACAACGAUCAAGGAGAAAUCGUGUUUUGUUUACCAAAUGUUGAGUGUCCAUGUUUUUGGAGGACUCUUAACAAAGUCCAUCCAAUCUCGUUUAAGGAAUUUUACGUUGUGCCGUAUUUUUCCAAGCUUAAAAUUUUCAAAAUUGAUCAUCUUUGGAGACCUUCAUUUAUCUUUGAAAAAUUUAAAAUUGAAUGUUGUUGUUUUUCACCGGAUGGAUCUUUUUUUGCUGCUUUCGCUGUUGGUGACCACGUCAACAUUUAUAUUUGGAGCAUUGAACGUUGCACUAUUAUUCAAACUGUACCAAUGCAACUGAAGGAUGUAUUUGGAUGUUGGUGGUCAGAUGGUUUACUGUGGAUAUGGGAUGGUUCUGAUCAUCUUACGAAGAUAUCAACUUCGUCUGAAAAUUUUGUAGAUUCUACACAAGCAAAGCAUGUUAACAUUGGAUUUAAACCUAAGAAAAUCUUAACAUUUGGUGAUGUCUUAGUUUGUAUUGACGAAGAAAAGUUUGUUCAAGUUGUUAGAAUUACCAAGGGUGAGAUACAAUACAACAAAAGACUUCCUGUCCAUAGUUCAAAAUUUAAAGCAGCAGCUGUAUCACCUGAUAAUUCUGUUAUUUUAACUGUAAUUAAAACAGAAUACACAUUAUGGAAAUGGGGAAAUAACAACAAUGAACUUUACUUGAAACCUUGGCAUACUGCAGAAAUAUCCAUAGCAGAUGUCUUGGGAAAAAUUGUUGAAGAACAGGAAACUGUAAAUGAUCUAACGUUCAACUGCUUUAUAAGUGAUAGUAAACAAGCAGUCAUAACAUUUUGCAAAGACUUGGAUACGAACUUUUGUGUAAUUAAUGUUCACGAGAAUGGUGAUGUGAAUGACUUUGUAUGUGGUAUCAGUUUAUAUUUUUUGCACUCGAACCUAAUUGUACACAAAUCUUAUUACAUUGGAGUGUUUGAUGGGUCAUUGGUUGCUGUAGAUUUAAAGAGUCGUAAAGUAUGCGCUAAAUUUGACGAAAAAUGUCAUUUAAUGUCUAUUAUAACUCUGCAUUCCAAUACAGGAAGUUUAGCUAUUGUUGAGAGUUUAAAUUGCAGAAUUCAAUUUUUAAAACUUAAUGUUCCUGAAUAAAUACAUCAACUCAAACUUUAAUAGUAAAUUCAAAAACCUUUUGAGAAAAUUUCACUUAGAUGUUGAUGGUCGUAAGGAUGAUUGCUUGUUUCCACCUACUAUAAUUUUCUACAGAAGAAGUAUUCUUAUUCUACCAGGCAAUCUUUAAGAAAUUAUUUAUAUGUUCAAAAAAUAAAUUUGGAUUAAUUUUGCGAAAGAUCUUUUAAAUUUAUCGGUACUAUUUCUUGGAAUGUCUUACCUCCUGCUAUUAAAGAAUGUAAAAUAUUAUCUAUGUUUUGCAAUAAUCUGAAAUGAUGUAUAAUUGCUUUAUAUUACACAAAUGACUUGUAUUUAAAAAGAGCGCUUCUAUACUAAUUGAUCAUGAAUAUUUGUGUAUUCCUUUCUAAGAUUCUACUGUAAUCUUCAUAAAUGAAUUGUCAUUUAAACAGGGCAUCCUCUAGAUUAAACUACUACUGUAAGAUGCUCUGUCAAACUUAUCAUUAUGUAUUGUAUCUCUGAACAAAUUUCAUGUUGAUGAUUUACUUUUUAAUAAAAAUGUAUGGUUAGAUAA